AUGACGGCCGGGAACAGCAUCGACAUCGUCCGGAAGCUGCAGCACCGGGCGCACGGACCCGCCGCGUGCGAGUCUGAUCGGCUCGGCGGCAGGACACAUCUCAUUGCACCAGACAACACCGGCGUCGUGCACAGCAUGCCGUCGUCCACGAAGAGCUCCGGCAGCGGCAGCACGGCGUCCGCGCUCUCUUAUAAACUCCCGCUCGCAUCUGACGUGCACUUGAUCCACGUCUCGGACAUGCACAUCCUCGGCGGGGGCGCGUUCUUGUUCGACCUGUCCGGGCUGUGGCCGCUCCCGCUGCGCACCGAUGGCAAGCCCGACUUCCAGAUGCUACAUGAAAUUUUGGGGUACUUUGAGCCCGACCACUUCGGCGGUGAGGUGGGCGUGCAGAUGUAG